AUGCCGCAGGGCGAAAACAAACGAGUCACCCAUUUCGACAUCCCUCGAGAUAAGAGUCUUGAUGACCAGCAUUUGCCUACGGGUACAAAGGGAAUCCAUUUGGACCAGAAUCGCAUUCGACUAGAACGCGAACUGAAACGGGACAACGGCCCAUCAACAUUAUCCAGAAAACGAAAAGAAACCUCAAACGAUGACACCUUUACAGGUAUCGUAAAGGCCCAUAAAAAGACUGGAAUAAGUACUCGGACCGAAUCACCUUGGAUCUACUUCAAGAAACUCUACAAGUGCGAUCUUGCCGGAGAAAUGACGGUCGUAGUAGAUAAGUCCAAGCCGGGAGAACUUUAUUUUCUCACAAGCUUCUCUGUGAAUAAAUUAGAUAAGCUGAGUGAGCUUCUCCACCGCCUUAUUUUCACUCAACACGAGAAUAUUGCCUCGGCGAUGACAUGCUUUGUUACAAAAGAUGGAUCAUCAACGAUUGCUGAUUUUUAUCCCUUGACACUUGGGAAUAUUGUGGCUUGUCAACAUUAUCCUGAUGAGGAGCAGCUGAGUGCGAUCUUGGCUCAAGUUGAGAAAUAA